AGCGAAUUACGGUAGCCAGCUUGUCUGUGACGUUGGCAAGUGGCAAAAGGCUGUAAAUGACUUGAGAUAGGUACGCAACUAGCUGUUUUCUCACAGUUAGAUCCAGCCUUUCCGAUACGCUAAUAGAAAACACUAUAUCUUGGGACGUACUGAAUACCCGGUGGAUAGCAUAGAUAGUCAACACUAGCUUGGCUGUAUUUCCUGAGAGGCAAAGCCUUUGGCUUCUUCGUCAACAGUUAGGCGCCAGCAUGACAGUCUCGAACGCACCUGCGGUCGCACUCCUCGUCGGCCUGCUUGCCCUCCUUGCAACGCCGUCGCAAGCGAAGAAGAAGCCCUCUCCACCUCCUCCUGAUCUGAUGCCCCCACCAACGGAGUUCAGCUUUCCUCCCCCUAUCGACCUCCUGGCGUUACCGCCACCUGCGGACGUUGAGGAAUUCCCGCCAUGCCGAAGCCCACUCUGCCAGGAGUCGCCUAUGGGCCCUGGCGCAUCAAUGCCAGAUUUCGAGCAACCAGAUGUGGCGAGAGAACCACCUGAGGCGCCCCCGGAGCAACCAUUGAACCUGGCGCACGCUCCAAACAUGCCAACAGUAGUGUCAUGGCCUCCCACGAUGCCAGAAGCCCCAAGUCCCCCAAAAGCACAAGGCUCUCCCAAUCCUGUCCCGUCAUCACCACCGCUGUGGCCGUACUUUACGGAUCCGGCUGUAGCGCCGCCGCCACGAGUGUACGGCCCAACCUACGGCAUGUACCCGCCCCAGGAUCAGAGCUACUCCUACCCCCCGCCACCUCCCUAUGGCGGCUACUAUGGUGGCAGCGGCUACUACGGCGGCAACGCUGCAAGAGCAGCAGUCGAGGCCUAUUCCGUGCCUGUUUCCUUUCGUCGCCUACUGCGGCAGUGACCUUGGUCACUGUAUUGUUUGGUGUGCUAGGACAGAAGAGGUAGGAGCGUCGCCGUGGGCAUCGGAGGGAGGGCUUCUUUGAGGAGGCAGGAAACGUUGCAUCACCUCUUCCAUCAUGCGCGUCAUUCCCAAGCCACGACGACAGUGAAGGCGCAGCCAUCUCCUAAACAUUGACCCAAAUGCUGCGCACUCGUUCUUUUUCCUUUGGUUUGUCACAGCGGCUGUGCACGGCUAUUGCUAUGAUUUAUAUUGCAAAACGAGCGCCCGAACGAACUAUCGAUUGGAACCUAAGGAUAUUUUGUAAGCCUGGAACAUGGCUUGAUAUGGAUCUAUUUGGCCAUUGAUGGCAUAAAUUCCUGCUCAUUAUGGGUACCCCCUUGGACUGGGGCUGCUGCAAAAGUACGUGUUUGGCCUGUACCCGUUCCCUACACAUGUUAUGUUCUUUAUUAGUAAUUUUUUAGGUCUUGGGGCAGCUCUUCUCUUUGCCCCGCCGUGGAAGCUUGGUGGUAUACAUGAGUGGGUAGGACUUGUCUGCUCUGUUUUUCAUGCCCCCGGGUAGGGCACGGGGCAGCGACCGUUGUAUGCACGACCCUACUAAUUGCCCUGGUGGUUCUGCUGUGUUCGACAUACGAAGCCACUUGCUUCGCAGUUGCCAGCCCUGUUUGGGGGAUGUACACAUGUAACACAUACGUGUGCCA